GGAGAUUCGAUAAGACCCGGAGACACGACAACGCACACCAUGUCGUCGGACCCGGAUACUCGAAAAAUAGAGAUGCACUAUACGCCGCCGACUUCGGACACCAUCCAGACGAAACCCUUCCCCAUUAGAGGAGAACGGGCGAACUUCGUUAAUAAGCCCCACGUGAUUGCGAUGGUGGGUUUACCAGCACGUGGCAAGACCUACAUCUCAAAGAAAUUGUGUCGCUAUCUCAACUGGAUCGGCAUCAACACGAAGGUAUAUAAUCUCGGGGAGUACAGGCGGCACGCGACCACCGCUUAUCAGUGCCACGACUUUUUUCGCCCGGACAAUAUCAAGGCCAUGGCGAUUCGCACCCAGUGCGCGAUGGAUGCUCUUAACGAUGUGUGCCAGUGGCUCGAGUCCGGGGGUGGUGAGGUCGCUGUCUUCGAUGCCACUAACUCGACCGUCGAGAGACGUCAGCUCAUACGCGACAUCGUCGUCAAGAAGAUGGGCUUCAAACUAUUUUUCGUCGAGUCCGUGUGCAACGAUCCCGAGAUCGUCGAGCAGAACAUUAUGGAGGUGAAGGUAAGCAGCCCAGACUACACCAACAUGAACAAGGAGGAGGUUCUCGCGGACUUUAUGCUUAGGAUCGAGCACUACCAGGAGAAGUACCAGCCCCUGGACGAGAAGUGCGAGAGCGACCUCUCGUUCAUGCAGACCUACAACACGGGCGAGAAGGUUCUGGUACACAAGCACGAGGGACACAUACAAUCGCGCAUCGUUUACUACCUAAUGAACAUACACAUAGUACCGCGUACUAUCUACCUCACUAGGCACGGCGAGAGCCUCAUGAACCUGGACGGGCGCAUCGGGGGCGAUUCCGAUCUCAGCGACCGGGGCUGCGAGUACGCCAAGGCCCUCGGCAACUACAUCGCCGAGCAGGACAUUCAGCGGCUCAGGGUCUGGACGAGCUGGCUCUGCAGGACCAUACAAACGGCGGUACACGUUAACGCACCCCAGGAGAGGUGGAAGGCUCUCAACGAGAUCGACGCAGGUAUAUGCGAGGAGAUGACGUACGAGGAGAUCGAGAGCAAAUACCCGAGCGACUUCGCGGCCCGAGACCAGAACAAAUUCUCAUACCGCUACCCGCGAGGCGAGAGCUACGAAGACCUGGUGGCGCGGCUGGAGCCGAUCAUAAUGGAACUCGAGCGCCAGGGGAACGUCCUCGUGGUAAGCCACCAAGCGGUGCUGCGCUGCCUUCUCGCCUACUUCCUCGACAAAAAUGCUGAUGAGCUGCCGUACCUCCAGGUGCCCCUGCACACAAUAAUAAAAUUAACGCCCGUGGCAUACGGAUGCAAAGUGGAGAACAUACGAUUGCCGAUCGACGCCGUGGACACUCAUCGACCAAAACCAAAGAUCCCUGGAUACCUUGAGGAACGUUUCCGAAGAAAAGGCAAUAAUCAUCACAUUUGAUAACGCGGACUUUGCAAAUAUAGAGUUCCUCGGCAUAUUCUCUCGAGAGACGCGUAACGAAGAUAAGCGGCUCUUUGUUGGUCAGCGGGCUGCCAUUAUACUGCACGAGUAAGAACAUUAUAAUUAUAAAAGAAAAACAAAAUAUAAUAAUAAUAAAAAUAAAAAACAUUGGAAAGCGAUAAACAGGAAACUAAUUUUUCAAGGAGUGCAACCAUUUAAACCUGACAUUUCUCUUCGAUAUUGUGAUCCCUUUCUGCAUCUUGAC